GAAUUUUAAAAUACCAGUUGAUCAGUUCACGUGUAAACCAUCGCAUAAUGUUUUCCAGUGUAACCUUCAUUUCGUGAAAGAGUUACAUAGUCAUUUUGAUAGUAUAUAUUUCCUAUAGUACACAAGAGAACAUUUGUGAAAUAUUUUUAUAUUUUUAUUUUAUAAUAUUUUUCAAAUCUUUUAAUAUUUAUAAUGGAGAAAGUAAGAAAAACGUCCACUGAAGAGAGUCUGCACUUCAUCAGACAGUCGCUGAAAUCGAAAGAAAUGGAUCAUCUCGAAGGAAUUCAUUUUGAUCGAAAUUAUCCUCAUGUGUUUGUAACACUUGGAGCUUCUGGUGACUUAGCAAAGAAAAAAAUCUAUCCAACGCUAUGGUGGUUGUUUAGGGAUAAUCUUUUACCAAAAACUACCACAUUUUUUGGUUACGCACGUACAAAUAUGUCUGUGAACCAAUUACGAGCAAAAUGUCAUCCAUAUAUGAAAGUAAAAUCGGAUGAAGAGAAAAAGUAUGAAGAAUUUUGGAAAUUGAAUUACUAUAUGGCUGGUCAAUAUGAUUCGCAAAAAGGAUUCGAAAUGUUGAACAAUGAAUUGAAGAAAUACGAGGAAGGCUACAAUAUUACUAAUAGACUAUUUUACUUGGCCUUACCACCGAAUGUAUUUGAAAAUGUAACUGUGCACAUUAGAAAUGUUUGUAUGAGUGAUAAAGGAUGGACCAGAGUAAUUAUAGAAAAACCAUUCGGUCGCGACGCGGCUACGUCACAGAUUUUGUCCGAUCAUCUCGCAUCCUUAUUCAGAGAAGAUCAGAUUUAUCGUAUCGAUCAUUAUUUGGGGAAAGAAAUGGUUCAAAAUUUAAUGACUCUACGAUUUGGUAAUCGAAUAUUCAGUCCAACAUGGAAUAGAGAUAAUGUGGCCUCUGUACAAAUUACAUUUAAAGAACCAUUUGGUACGCAAGGAAGAGGUGGCUAUUUCGAUGAAUUUGGUAUCAUUAGGGACGUCAUGCAGAAUCAUUUAUUACAAAUUUUGUCAUUGGUUGCGAUGGAGAAGCCAGCGUCUUGUCAUCCGGAUGAUAUACGAGAUGAAAAGGUAAAAGUGUUAAAGUGCAUAAAGACUUUGACGCUGGACGAUGUUGUAUUAGGUCAAUAUAUUGGUGAUCCUGAAUCGGAUGAUCCUGAUGCUCGACUUGGCUAUUUGGAUGAUGCUACUGUACCUUCCGGUUCAAUUACGCCCACAUAUUCCCUUGCUGUGUUGAAAAUUAAUAAUGAGCGGUGGGAUGGUGUUCCGUUUAUCCUCAAAUGUGGAAAAGCUUUAAACGAACGAAAGGCAGAAGUUAGAAUACAAUAUCAGGAUGUUCCUGGCGAUAUAUUUGAUGGAAAAGCGAAAAGAAAUGAAUUGGUAAUUAGAGUACAACCAGGUGAAGCAUUAUAUAUUAAAAUGAUGACGAAAUCACCUGGUAUUACAUUCGAUAUGGAAGAAACAGAAUUAGAUCUUACAUAUGGUUCUAGAUAUAAGGAUCUAAAACUUCCGGAUGCAUAUGAACGAUUAAUUUUGGAUGUAUUUUGUGGCUCGCAAAUGCAUUUCGUACGUAAUGAUGAACUUUCGCAAGCAUGGAGAAUUUUUACGCCCUUGCUUCAUCAAAUAGAAAACGAAAGAAUUAAACCAAUUCCCUAUAAAUAUGGUUCACGAGGACCCAAAGAAGCAGAUGAAAUGGCAAAAGAAAAUAAUUUCGCUUAUUAUGGUUCAUACAAAUGGGUGAAACCAUAAGUAGAAUUUUUGUUAUGUAAUAAUGUAUAAUUCUGUAUAUAUAUAUACAGAAUAUAUAUAGAAUAUAUAUAUAUAUAUAUAUAUACAGAUCACAAAAAAUUGUUCCAUUAAUCAUCAUCUGUGAUUAUAACAUUCCAUAUAUUUAACACAAAAGUGCCUCAAAUUUUGAAAUUUUAUAUUCUGUAUAAAAUCUAAUUUAUUAGAAAUUUAAUUCAUUUAUUUUUUGAACUAAUUUUCAAAUGUAAAGUAUAAUUUACUAAUUAAACUAUAUGCAGAUAAUAUGUGUCAUUUUUAGAUAUUAUCUCAGGAAAUAUAAUUUAUAGUAAAUAUAAAGUGUUUUAUAUAUAUAUAUAUUAUACAUAUAUUUUUAUACAACAAAUGUAAUUUAUAGAUAACUCCUUAAAAAUUUUUUCAACGAUUUAAAAAUUACAACUUAUAUGUAGACUAUAAUUUUAUUUACUUUUGACGAUUUAAAUCACGUCAAUCACAAAAAAUAUCCUAUACUGUGAAUAAAAUAAUAUAAUCAUGUGAUACUUUGCGCUGAAAUUAUUUAAAUAUACAUUACAAUAAAUAAAUAAGAGAAAGUUUAAUUAUUCAGUCUAUAAUUUAUAUAAUCUAUAUUUUAAAUAUUCAGCUAUUAAAUGAAAUAAUUCUAUGAUAGAAAAGCACCAUAUGAGUGCUUCAUAAAUUUUUGCAUUAUGAAUUUAUAUACAACUGAUUUCACUAUUCAUCUUUCUCUUUCUGUCUCAUAUAAAGAGAUUAUCUAUAUGUAACACACAGGUCAAACACGCAUUACUGCCACAUUUAAUAAUGAAUAAAACAUAUUUAAUGUACAAAAUUAGCAAAUUUUAAAAAAUGCAGUUUAAGUUAAAUUAAUACAUUAUACAUAUUAAGAUUUAUGUUUGUAAAUACCAUUGUAGACUGUAUCAUGAUAAAUAUUAUCACUAUACAAUGACAAGUCACAGUAAAAUAGAGUACAUAUAAAAAUUAUAUAGAAUAUAGGAAGUUUAAAUUGGUAUACAAUUCGCAGUUCGUUAUAUUAUUAAAAAUUAAUUUACAGAAACUUAUAUGAACCAUAUUUUGAAUAAAUUUAUCCUAGUUUUUCAUAAUGAUUAUAUAUAUUCACUUAUAACUAUAAUAGUAAUAACAUAUUGCUAUAAGCAAUAUACAUUAAACAAAUUAAAUACACACAAACAAAUGUAAAAAAAUUACACAUUAUGUCAUAAACUAUUUUUGAAAAAUCACUAGUCUCUGUGUUAAAUGUUCGUUAGAUUAGGACCAUUCAUUGUUCAAUGUAUAUAAACCAAAUAUGAAUUCAGUUUCCAAUGCAUCGA